AACGGUGCAACAAAAUUUAAUUUUGCUGAAGAUUGCAAUGGCGACCGCUUCAACUCGUCUGCAACUCAUCAUUCUCCUCGCACUUCUUGCAUCUUUUCUCGUGUCGGGAUCCGAGAAGAAUAUGCCACUAGGUUCCAAGGGGUCGAGGGCUGGUGGUACAUUCCAAAUAUCCAAAGGGUCAGGUAUUAAAGUCACUAGUCCAAUGCUAGAAACCACAUUGUGGCCCGACACUGAAAGUAGACCGACUGCAAGCCAGAUCAAGGUCACUGGCAAUUCGGCUAUAAAGAAAUGCAAGGCAACAGAGGGUUUAUGCGGCCAUGAUUGCCUCACGGGUUGUUGCAACGAAAGAUGUUCUAAAAGGUUCACGAAUGGGACCGGAAAAUGCUUGGAACCAAUGUUGCCUAAUGCGCCAUGUUUGUGCCACUACACUUGUUAGAUUACUUAGAUCGUUUCACGUAUGUGUUUGACGCAUGUCAUAGUGAUGGUUGUGAUUAGCAAAAAAAAAAAUUAAAUUAAAUUAAAUAGUAUGAAUAUUUUAA